AUGGCUUCAAGAUUCCUCCCCUCACGUAGCAUGGGCUUCGCCCUAGCUGCAGGAUGUCUUUUAUUCUCCGCACUAGCCGCAGCUAACGUGCGCCCCGAGGACUUAUCCAUCAGCGAAAUCGAGGAACAGCUCCAGAGCUGUCCCCUUGUCGAAUCUCUCAAUGAACAUAAACGUGCUUCAGCACCUGAGACUGCCAGUUUCACUGCGCAGAUCUUUGCUGUUCUCUUCCCUGGAAGCCCGGCUGUGAACUCCCUCCUGGCAACCCUGUAUAUCUCCGGACCACCCAACUUUCUUCUGGCACUAUGCCCUCCCAACAUCGACCCCUCCUCUCUAUCUGUUAUGGUCGCUUUCGCCGUCGGAGGAUUACUGGGUGAUACGCUUUUCCACCUUCUCCCUGAGAUCUUCCUCGGUGAAGAUUCCCCCGACCACGUCAGCUUCGUAAUGGUUGAACCGAACAAGAACCUCCUCCUUGGUCUGGGUAUAAUGGUCGGUUUCUUCACAUUCGUCGCAAUGGAUAAAACACUCCGUAUCGCAACAGGCGGCCAGGGCCACGACCAUUCCCACGGACACGCUCACGCUCACGCAGACAACGAACCCACCGGCUCAACCACAAGUGCCGAGACAAAGACAGAAGGUCACGCCGAUACCCUAAAGCAGCGCAAAACGACUACCAGUUCUUCAGAGGUAUCCGUUGUCCCAGAUAACAAGGAAAAGGAAAUUAACCCCAGCGUCAAGCUAGGAGGAUACCUCAACCUGAUCGCAGACUUCACACACAACAUCACAGAUGGCCUGGCUCUUUCUUCGUCUUUCUAUGCUUCGCCUACUAUCGGUGCAACUACUACCGUUGCGGUAUUCUUUCAUGAAAUUCCCCAUGAAGUCGGUGACUUCGCGCUUCUUAUCCAGUCUGGCUUUUCUAAGCGCAAGGCUAUGGGUGCUCAGUUUGUUACGGCUGUUGGAGCGUUCCUGGGUACGUUCAUUGGUAUUGCGGUGCAGGAGUUCGGUGGGAAUGGGUCUAUGGUUGAUGCGCCUGUGUCGGGUAUUUGGGGCACUAGCCUUACCUGGGGUGAUAUGUUGCUUCCUUUUACCGCGGGUACAUUCUUGUACGUGGGUACUGUUGCUGUUAUUCCCGAGUUGUUGGAAACGGGGCCAAACAAGGGAGUUGAGAUUCGCAAGACGAUUACCCAGUUUUUGGCCGUUGCUGUUGGAGCAGGAAUUAUGCUUGCGAUCUCUUGGGAUUAA